CCUCAUCGUUAUAUGUCGACUGUCAUUAAAAAAAGAGGAAGAAGAAGAGACUGCAGUAGGGAGCGAGACGCGCCUGGGCAGCUGAUUCUGCCUCCCGUGACUGUCUCUAUUGUAGUCUACUUCACAGGCCAAUACCUCUCAUAACUAUCAUGGGCAGAUGUUGUACGGAUAUCUGGAUUAUAUUGGAGAAUAAACCCCGAAUUCUGUGAAGACGCAUGAAAUAAAAUAGUCAUGGAUUUCCCGGGGCACUUUGAGCAGAUUUUCCAGCAGCUGAACUUCCAGCGGCUGCAUGGACAGCUGUGUGACUGCGUGAUCAUGGUUGGCAGCCGUCAUUUCAAGGCCCACCGCGCUGUGCUGUCUGCCUGCAGUACGCAUUUCCGAGCCCUGUUUACUGCGGCUGAGGGAGAUGCCAGCACAAGAAUGAUCCACCUGGACUCUGAGGUGGUGACCGCUGAAGCGUUUGCUGCUCUCAUGGAUAUGAUGUACACAUCCACACUGAUGCUGGGAGAGAGUAACGUGAUGGAUGUAUUGUUGGCUGCUUCUCAUCUGCAUCUAAAUGCUGUGGUGAAAGCCUGUAAGCACUACCUGACAACGCGCACUUUACCCAUGUCUCCACCUGGAGAUCGUGGCAGUCAACAUCACACUGAGCAACAGCAAGCGGCGGCGGCUGCCAACUCUCAUCUUCAGCGAUCAUUUCUGCUCCAGCAGCUCGGCUUGAGCUUGGUUAGUUCUGCCUUGAGUGGGGCUGAAGAUGGGGGAACGGGGACGCAGCGGAGAACGGGUGCGGUGUGCGGAAAUGGAUUGGGGGAUCAGCAUGGUUCUCACCCAACACGCCGUUUCUUAAAACGCAAGCAGCCCUUACCCCUGAUUACUUCAGAAAGGGGAAGGCCACGGCUUUCCUCACAGGUGGAGGGCAUCGUGGGGGAGUCAGGGGGCCGAGAUGGAGGAGAGGAGCUUCUGUCUCCAGAUUCACACAGUAAAAUGGUGGACGAAGUGGUCACUGGCGUUAUUCCCAUGGAUGAUGGAGGUUUACUGGAGCAGGAUGAAUAUCGAAGGGGACUGACCCAUGAGGACAUGCAGCUCCCGAGCCAGUCAGAUGGAGGAAGGGGAACAGGAGCAGAAAAAGCAUUGCUGCUGCCGCGAAAAGAGGAGUACCCAGAUGCAGGUCGUCACCAUGAUGAGGGGAUGAAGAUAAAGAAUGGAGAUGAGGAGGAAGAGCAACAGCACAUGCAGGUCGUGGUGAAGAGCGAGCCACUGAGUUCACCCGAGGCGGUGGAUGAGACUAGCGAUGUUACCUCACAGGCAGAAGGCAGUGAUCAGGUGGAGCCAGUUGGAGAAAAACUGGAGCUCAGUCCAGAGUGCAGUGAGCGCAGCUACUCUGAUCCGCAGCCCAGCUCUGAGCUGCUGAUCAAAGGAAACAAGGGAUUAGGAGCUGCAGAAGACAGAAGAGGAGAGACGCUAUCCUGCAGUGAAGCUCUUGAGUCCUCCUCUGGAUUACACAUCACCAGUUUCCUCAGCACUAAGGCCUUUAUUGGCAGAGGGGUGUCUUCAAACCAUGCCAGUAGUGUUGACAGUGUUCCCAACACCACAACUGGAGAAUUUCAAGCAGACCACGAUUCCGCUCGCUUCUUCCUCCCGAAUGAUUCCAUCAACGCUGCAUCUUCCUCUCUGCACCUCCUUUCAGGAGAGACCCAGGUCUGCUCUGACAUGCAGCCAGAGUCCCUUCUCAUGCGCCCGCUGCAUGAUGGAAUAGCAACUUCCUCCUCAUUAGGGACGUCCCGUGGUGGAUCGGUAGAUCAGCUUGCUCUUGAGUUUCAGCGCAACAUUUUGGGAUUACAAACAUUCCCUCAUUCGUCCAGAGGUGGAGGUGGUGGUGGAGGGUGCCAAUCAUACCGGCGCAUCGCUCCUAAAGCUCAUCCAGGAGGGGCUUCAAUGCUAAUGGACGGCCCUCAGCAACAUGACGCUGCUUCCUC